AUGGCGUGUGCCAGUCUUCCUGCGGGGCUACUUCGCUUCGGGGACCGCUCGGAACGAGCACCCCGCGGCGCCGCCCGCCCCGGCGGCUCGCAACCGCCCUCACAAGUUACUAGUGGAAGAGGAGGAGGAUGGGGUUCCUCUAGCCAGAGAUACAGCAGUGUUAUCCAGCCAUCUACCUUCAAGUCUGAUACAUGGGGUGGCAGCAGAGAUCAUGGAAGAGGAUUCUUUGGCUCCUCUGACUUUGGAUCAUCAGGCGGCAGCAGCAGAAAUGCAGACUUCUCACAGAACAGGUUCUCGGCAUUAGCGAACAGUCAGAGUGUUGCUGAUGGCUCUAAAGAUGAAGAGGAGAGACUUCUAGAAUGUGUAGUGAAAGACAUGGAAAUUUGGGAAUCUUCUGGACAAUGGAUAUUUUCAUCUUACUCACCAAUGAAAGAAAAACCGAAUGUCUCAGGCUUUUCGGAUGUCUCACCAGAAGAACUGCGUCUGGAGUAUUAUGACAGCAGAGCAAAGAAUAUGAUUGGGAAUUAUAUAGAUGCUGUCCAACAGUUAGCAGCACAAUGGAAAAAUCGUCUGCUUCAGUUGAAAGCUUUAAAUGCAUCGACAAAAGCAGCUUUGCUCUCUGCUUUCAAGAACACGGGCAUCCAACCAUCGUCUGCCUUUGGACUGGGAGGACAGCAAACAUCAAGCUUUGGGCUCUCAAGCUUUCCUGUGAGCAGCAGCAGUACCAGUGCCAGCAGUUUCUCUUUUAAAGCCAGUUCCAGCCUUAUCAAUUCCUCAUCAUCUGGAACCAGCCCUGCUGCUGGGGUCUCUUCUGCUGCUGGUAGUGCUCCUGCGUUUGGGGUGACGUCCUCUCACAGCGCACCCCAGCCUGCUGGGUUUGGCAGCCCAGCAGCUCCAUCUGCAGCCUCCUUCUCCUUUAAAACAGCUGCAACAGCUGGUGGCUUUGGGACUUCUGGGUUUUCAGGCUUUGGCAGUGCUGCUGCUGUGAACUCUUCCAGCACCACCACUCCGCUCCCAGCCUUCGGAGCCUUUAAUGCAGCCACAGCCACUUCUGCCUCACCUUCAAGUGGUGCUUUGUUUGGACAGACGGCCAGUGCCUCUGGACAUCACGUCACCUCAGCGUCUGCUGCAGUCACCAGCACCACCGCCUCAGAGAAGUUAUUUACACCCAAGAGCGAAUUAUCAGCUGAAGAGUGGCAACAGUUUGAAGCAAAGGAGUUCACCAUUGGAAAGAUUCCUCUUAAGCCACCCCCAUUAGAACUUUUAAAUGUUUAUGACCUUUUAAGUUUAUUCAGAAGUAACAUGUUUUGAAAUCAAAUCAAAGGCUUCCAUUUUGUUACUUUUUGUCUCCUCUCUCAAGUCUCUUCUGCAGGAAUAAACCCCCAGUUAUAAACAUUGGAACACUGUAUUUUUGUCAUUUCUUGGUUAUUUUGGAUAGAUGUUUUACAUCUAAGAAAUUAACUGUUGAAACUAAAA